CUUAACAAUAAAUACUAAAUAUGGGGGAUGUUGAAGAAUAUUUUCCUCGUGGUGGAAAAAAACCAACGGUUACAUAUUUUAAACAGAGUGGCAAUUUUUUAGGCGCUGCUGAGAAAGGGGAGAGAAAGAAACAGAAACCUAAAAAAAGGUCGGAAAAUGACGACGGGUACUUAUCAGAUGAAAUUGUUGCUGACGAUGACCAAUCAUUUAAAAACUGUGGUAUAUGUCUUAAUUACAAGAUAGUAAAGGAAGGACAAGUAUUUUUAGGGCGAGUCCGAGAUGUUUUAGAAACAAGAUUAAAUAUUUCAUUGCCGUGUAGGUUGUUUGGUACCGUGAUGGCCUGUCAUGUCAGUGAGGCUUACAAUAAAAUACUGGAAGCAUAUGUUAAUGAUCAGACAGAUAAGGUACAAGAUUUAAAUCAGAUGUUCCGUCCGGGCCAGUACGUAGGGGUGAAAGUGUUAGAGGUUGAAGCCAACAACCUCAUGUUGUCUAUGAUGCCACAACAUGUUAACGCUGCCCGCCCACACAAUGAACUACAUAAAGGGGCUAUGCUACAAGCUGCGGUCUCCUCUGUGGAGGAUCAUGGCUACGUUAUGGAACUCGGUAUUAAUAAUACCAGAGCAUUCCUUCCCAAGAAUGCGUCUAAUUCUGAAUUAGAAUUAGAGACAGGCAUGUUGACGUGGUGUUGUGUAAAGUCCAUAGUUGUAGAGAAUGAGAACAGCGUGUUAACACUCAGCAAUAACCUAGAGGCCCUACGGGGAGCUGUACAGCGAAGGCACUCCACUGCUCUCUACCCCGCUACUGCACUAGAGUUUACUAUUGACAAAUCUUUGGAUAAUGGUAUAGAAGGGCAUGUGUUCCAAGACACAGUGGCAUAUGUACAGCGGCAGCAGGUCGACAAGGUGAAAGGGAAGAAACCUAACUUUGGACAAAAGGUCCGUGCUAGAGUUUUAUACGUUUUGCCAACGAGGAACAUACCAUUUCUGACAAUGAAGGACAUAUUUGAAUAUACAUAUCCAGAUUUAGAGAAAGAACAGAAAUACAAAACUGGAGACAUCAUUGAGGAAGCUCAGGUGAUAAAGAUAAUGGGCAGGUGUAUAAUGUUCAAGUUGGGGUCUGGAUGUAUCGGCAGUCUCAGUCUGCGCAGGAUACAGGUGGAUGAGGAGCUGACAGAUGAGGAUGUGAUUGCUAAAUCCUAUCCAAUCGGCAGCACUCAUGUUGUGAGAGUACUUACGUACAAUCUAAGUGACUACAUAUACUCGUUAAGUGACGAGCCGUCAGUAUUGUCUGAGAAGAUAUUCACAAUGUCAGAUCUGACUGUGGGUGACAUAGUGCCCGCUACUGUCAGGAGUGUCACAGAUAACAGACUGUUACUGUCUGUUGGAAGGGUUACUGGUAUUGUUCACAAGACGCAUAUGUCAGACGCCGGGUGUUACGUGGAUCCAAAAAAGGCGAGCAACGCUCAAAUGACGAAGAAGUUUAAGGAGGGACAGCGUGUGAAGGCACGAGUGUGGGACUUAGACAUCAAGAAAGCGGCGCUGAAGCUGACCCUGAAGCCCAGCCUUCUGGCGCCAGACCUGGACGUGCUGCACAGAUACGAGGACGCAGUGGAGGGCAAGACCUACACUGGAGUUAUAGCGGUCAUCCGCGACUACUUGCUGGUGUCAUUCUUCAACGGCUUGCACUGCUAUGUGCCGCGUGCGCAUGUCGCGCAGCCUCCGCCCGACACACUCAGCGACAUCUUACAUAUCGGACAGAUUGUUAACUGCACCAUUUUAAAUGUGUCACCGGAGACUAAAAAGAUGACUGGAAGUCUCCUCGCUGACCCAUUCAAGUUUUGGAAAAAUCAGAAGACAGCAGAAAAGCGACAAAACACUGAAGAUCCACCGAUAUUAAAAAAGAAACUAAAGAAAACUCAAUCACAAGAAGAAUCUAAAACCUCAGAUAAGAAAGGUAAAAGUAAAAAGAAAAGUGAAUCUGUAGACGAUGAAGACAUGGCAGAGAAUGAUGGGGACGAAUCCAAAAUAUCAAAGAAAAAGAAAAACAUUAAGAAAGAUAAAGAAAUAACAGUAGAUGGAGAAAAUGUAGAAAAUGAAAAUCUUGAAAAUGAAUGCAAAGAAUCUAAUAAUGAGGAAACUAGUACAACAGAGAAAAAGACGCGUAAGAAGAAAAAAGAAGCAGAAAGGGUUGAAACAGACGAUGACUUUUUGGAAUUGGAUGAAAUUUUCUCAAAACAUGAACUUAAUGACGAAGACGACGAAAUGAACAAAAACAAAGAGAAAGUUAAAAAACGAAAGAAAAACAACGAAGACAAACAGGAACUAACUAACGAAACAAAAGGUAAAACUAAUAAAAAAAAGAAAACCACCGAAAUACAAACAGACUCGGACGAAGAAAAGAUUCCAGACAAAAAGAAAAGAAAGGAAUCAGUGUCAGAUAAGACAACAGAAGAAAGUGACGCGAUAGAAACAGAUAUAUAUGAAGAUAGUGACAACAUGCUGACACCUCAAGACCAGGGUCUCAUAGACAUGUCAGACUGCAACAAUCCAAAGCAAUACAAACGACGAAUAAUAUCAUUAUUAAAAGUUAUACAAAGAAAGACACGACGCAUUGACAGAAUAGAUGAAAAAAUAGAAGCAUUAGUUAACAGAGGAAUAACAGUCGGUAGCAAAAAGUUCCACACAGCCAUGCUUACAGAGAAAUUACUUAUGGAAAAGAGCAUUGAGAAACUUCUAGAAGCAUUAAAAAUAGCACAGAAUAAAUUUAAAGAAUUUAACUUGAAAACAAAAGAUAAAAAGAAGAAAGAGAAGAAGAUUACAGAUCUUAUUCAGUUUGUUGGAAAGGAAAGUGUGACUAAAGUAGAUAAGCCGGUACAAAAAGUGCUAGAUGUAAGUCAAAGUGUAAAAGUGCAAAGUGUAGAGUCCGUGCUGGAGGUGCCAAGUGCCAAGGAGUUCUGGUCGGCGCCAGCGGAGUCCCCGCCAGCAACACAGGAGCAGGACUCCAGUAGCAGCAGUGAGGAGCAGGAAGAAGAGAAACCUAAGAAGAAACGUAAGAAGCUCCGCGCUGCAGAGAGAGUGGCGAAAGCGCGGGAAGAGGAAGAGAAGAUCAGAUCGCUGGAGAGCGCGCAGGCGGCGGGGGGCGAAGCGCCGCGCUCCGCGGAGCAGUUUGAGCGCGCAUUGCUCGCCAGCCCGGACUGCAGCCAGCUCUGGAUAGCUUACAUGGCUUUCCAUCUGCAGGCGACAGAGAUAGAGAAGGCUCGUGGUGUGGGAAGACGCGCGCUGCGCACCAUCUGCUUCCGCGAGGAGCAGGAGAAGUUGAACAUUUGGCUCGCGCUGCUCAACCUCGAGCAUCGCUUCGGCACUAAAGAAUCCCAACAAAAGACAUUAGAGGAAGCACUCCAGAUGAACGAGAAGUACCAGAUCCACUCGAAACUGUUAGACAUCUACGUGGAGACAGGCAAGGCGGGUGAAGCGGGUGCGCUGGCCGAGUUGAUGCUGCGGAAGUACCGGCGCCAGCUGGAGGCCUACAUCGCCGCCGGCAGCGCCUGCUAUCAGCUCGGACUGCUGGAGAAAGCACGGCAGAUAAUGCAGAAGGGACUCGCCGCUUUAGAGAAGAGAGAACACGUAGCACUGCUGGUACGUUUUGCUCAGCUGGAGCGUGGUUGUGGAGAUGCGGAGCGCGCGGGGGCUCUGCUGGAGCAUGUGCUGGCUGCAUACCCGCAGCGUGUCGACGUCACCUCCUUAUACGUUGACAUGCUGCUCAAGAGUAAUGACAUCGAACGUGUCAGACAACUUAUGGAGCGAAUGACGUCACAGAAAUUGCCAGCGCGAAAAAUGAAAGUACUCUUCAAGAAAUGGAUAGAAGUUGAAGAGAAAAUUGGCGACCAACAGCAAGUUGACAAUAUCAGGAAACGCGCUGUGGAAUUUAUAGAGAAAGCGCAGUUCUAAAAUAAAGAAAUU